CGGGGAAGCCGGAGCCGAGGCGAGCCGGAGCCGGCCGAGCCCCAGGAGAGCCGCGGCGGACCCGCGCCCCGGAGGAGCUGGUGGAGGGAACAGGAGCUGCGGAAACUCCAGUCUGAGAGGGGCCGGACCAGAGGCACAAACCACGCACCGGGAGUGUCCGGCUGCCACGGCAGAGCCCUGCUCCAGAUCCGCUGCACCUGCCUGGCUGGGCCAGCGGAACUGACCCGCGAGCGGCUGAGUCUGGGGUGUGUCCUGUCUGUUCCUGCAAGGCGAUGCUAGCGGCUCCAAGUAGGAAUCGACCUCUCUCCGCCCUGGGGAUCCAUCCCACCAGAGCCAGUGGCCGCCGGGCACUGCAGGCCUGGGCCCCCUCCCAUAGGGUGUGAGGUGGAAUUGCCCUCCCAGGAGCAGCGCUGCAGCUGCUGGCCGUGGGUGGAGCUGUUUGCCCCGAGGAUGCCCAGCUGGGCGGGGGAGCCGAGGUGACAGGCGCUGCGAUGGCUCCCCACUGAGGUACCAUGCCGGUUCCCGCUAUGGCAGCCACCACUGCCAGGUCUUUCUUCUGGGAGGUUUUCCCACCCAUGCCCACCUGCCGAGUGUACUGCAGCCCUGCGUACCAGGACGGGCACCUCUUUGUGGUGGGGGGCUGCGGCCAGGCGGGGCUGCCCCUGGACAUCGUGGAGAUGCUGGAUGUGCGUUCCCAGAAGUGGACGGUGCUCCCUCCGCUCCCCACGCCCCGGGCCGGGGCCGCUGCUGUGGCAGUGGGGAAGCAGGUCCUGGUGAUGGGGGGCAUGGAUUCCAGACAGAGCCCCCUGGCCUCCGUCGAAGUCUUCAACACAGAUGAGGGCAAGUGGGAGAAGGUGGCGGCCCUGGCCCAGCCAUCCAUGGGCAUCUCUGCCAUCGAGAGAGACGGUUUGGUCUAUGCUCUCGGGGGGAUGGGCGCAGACACCUCUCCUCAGGCGCUAGUGCGGGUCUAUGAGCCAGCGAGCGCCCACUGGCAGCUUCUGCCCUCCAUGCCCACCCCCUGCUAUGGGGCAUCUGCCUUCCUGCAGGGCAACAAGAUCUUCCUCCUGGGGGGGAGGCAGGGCAAACUGCCCGUCACAGCCUUCGAGGCCUUCGACCUGGAGACGAGGAGCUGGACGCGCUAUCCCAGCGUCCCCAGCCGGCGGGCCUUUGCCGGCUGCGCCAUGGCUGAUGGCUGCUUCUUCAGCCUCGGGGGCCUGCAGCAACCGGGACCCCACAACUUCUACUCCCGGCCCCACUUUGUCAACACGGUGGAGAUGUUCGACCCGGAGCAGGGGGCCUGGAGCAAGCAGGGCCGCGCCGUGCGCAUGCGGGAGAAGAGAGCCGACUUCGUGGCUGGCUGCCUCGGCGGGCGAGUGGUGGCGGCCGGAGGCCUCGGGAACCAGUCGUUUCCCCUGGGCUCGGUGGAAGGAUUUAGCAUACCAAGGAAGAAGUGGGAGCUGCUGCCCUCCAUGCCCACCGGUCGUUGCUCCUGCUCCAGCUACCAGGCCCCGAGCCUGCUGUUUGUGAUCGGAGGGGUGGCGCAGGGCCCCAGCGGCGCGGUCGAGGCUCUGUGCCUGCGGGAAGGGGCCUGAAGGGAGCCCCCGGCAGAAGGAUCCCACCAACAGAGGGCAAAGUGCCUGAAAUGGCGACGGGGGCGCGUGGGUGCGGAGAGCAAACUCUUUGGAGCUGGUGUGUAGCUCGUAGUUACUGAACCAGUGACGUCGUCUUUUGCUCGUUAGGCUUUCAGAAGCUGAAAUUAGUUUUCUAGCGUAGCUCAGAGAUGGGAGCGGUCGGUCUGGUCUUGGGGGACGGGAGAGAAGCAGGACAGGGCAAGCCGCAGAGGAGUCUGGAAGGAGCUUCAAUGCCAGGGUGCAGUGCGGCUCCCCAGAGUAGCUGAAGGGACUUGGUGAUCCUGGAGCCCAAAGCUGGCUCUCGGGCGUCAGGUCCUGUCGCCAGCGCUGCACUUCGGGGGUGGGAGAACCCGCAGUGCAGCCACCUCCUUUCAUGGAGCUCCAGUGUCCGUCCAUCUGUCCCUCACAGGCUCUAGGGACGGGGAGCUGGUUUGAGCUGCCUGUUGUCCAGUGUGGAUGUCUGUGGUGUCUUUGUGCAGAUGUGUCUUAUGCUGCGCAGUGAGGGGCACCAGUGACUGGCGGGAGGCCAGAGGAGAGGCCAUGUGGCAGUGAGGCGUGGGCCGCUAGUGAAUGCUGUAUUGUUGUAGCCCUGGUCUGUGUCCCAUGUCGCACAUACGGUGCCCUGUAGCUCAGUGCCUAGGAGGUGCUGUAGCACCUCAAAUAAAUGAACCAAGUGGAAUUUGA